GAGGAUGAAGAGGAAGGCGGCUUGGGGAGCCCGCCCGCGCCGCUGCCCAUCCCCGCCAAGGGAAGCCUGAAGGCAGGCAGCAUUAAGCGUGAAAUGACCUUCACUACAUUUCAACAGGAUGACCUAAAAAGUGACAUCAGUCAAAAAUUACCAGACCAACAGUUUCUCCUGUUGGCCAUGAGGGAGGAAGAUUUAAAAACUGCAGACACCAAAAAAACAAACAGAAUUCAUGAGCAUGAAAAAGAAAACACUCGUUCUGUCUGUCUUCUUGAACAGAAACGCAAGGUGGUUUCUUCAAAUAUUGAUGUGCCUCCAGCAAGAAAAUCUUCAGAAGAACUGGACAUGGAUAAAGUGACAGCAGCUAUGGUACUAACCAGUUUAUCCACCAGCCCUUUGGUUCACAGCCCUCCUGUACGGCCCAAUGAAUCCCUGAAUGGAUCUUGGAAAGAAGGAGGAUUUGUGCCUUCUAGUACCAGCAGUAGUGGAUACUGGAGUUGGAGUGCACCCAGUGAUCAGUCCAAUCCAUCCACCCCAUCUCCGCCUCUGUCUGCUGAUAGCUUCAAACCCUUUCGAAUGCCCUCUCAGCCAGAUGAUAGUAUUGAUGAAGCUGAAACCAGUAAUCUCCUUUUUGAUGAGCCCAUCCCUAGGAAGAGAAAGAACUCCAUGAAGGUAAUGUUCAAAUGUCUAUGGAAAAACUGUGGAAAGGUACUGAGCACAGCUGCAGGGAUUCAGAAACACAUCCGGACCAUUCAUCUUGGACGUGUAGGAGAGUCUGACUACAGUGAUGGAGAGGAAGAUUUUUACUACACAGAGAUCAGGCUCAACACAGACUCGGUAGCGGAUGGCUUAAGCAGCCUUUCUCCAGUCUCUCCAUCUCUAGGAUCUCCUCCUCCUUUUCCCACCCAAGAUGCAAACCGUCCUGAAACUUCAUGUGCCAAAACUGAGACUAAAUUGAUGACACCUCUGAGCCGCUCAGCUCCUACCAAUCUCUACCUCGUACACACGGAUCAUGCUUACCAGGCCACUCCUCCAGUGAACAUUCCAGGGUCAACAAAGUUCACUCCCAAUGGCCGUAGCUUUAGCGUCUCUUGGCAGUCACCUCCAGUUACCUUCACCGGCAUUCCGGUCUCACCAACUCAUAAUCGUCCUGCAGGGACUGGAGAGCCAAAACAACAGACCCACACAGUUCUCUCAUCACCGCCCAGAGUAUCAUUUGGCUUAAGGAAACCUAGAGGGGAGGGGAAAAAAUGCCGAAAAGUGUAUGGGAUGGAGAACCGAGAUAUGUGGUGUACUGCCUGCCGUUGGAAGAAAGCCUGCCAAAGGUUCGUCGACUGAAGACUGGAAGCGCGGAGGACCCAGGGGAUGGGAAGUACAAUAGCAGGAUCCUGUUGCUGCAGCUGCCCCAGCCUACCCUCCAGUGCUGCCUUUUAAACAGACUUGUAUUCCAAAACAAAGCACUUGUAGCCAAGGAGAAGCACUUAGCAAAACCAGUGUGGAGCAAUAGAGAAAAAAAAAAAAGUCUUAUCAAGUAUUGAACCCAGAGCAGCUAUUAAUGUUUUUCAUAAAACAAAAAAUAACUUGUUGCUAACUCUGAACUACUUGCUCCCCAUGACUGUUCUUUAACCGUGUCAAUGUCUAUGCUGUGAACGUCUGUAUCAGUUGAACCAAGCACCGCAUCUUGUCCUGAAAUGAAGAUUUCUUUUUAAAAGCCUAAUUAACAAUUUAAGACAUAUAAGCUACAGUUCACUCAACAGCAGCCAUACCAAGAGUGGAACCUGUUAAAUAAUUCUGCUGAUGUGAAUGAUCUUGGUUGGAUUCCUCAUUUUCGGGUGUUUUUUUGAGGAAUUCAUACCUUGGUAUGUCAGAAGGACAAGCAACAUUACUCCUGGAUGAUUUUUUAAAAGCAGUCACAAACCGGAACAAAGAGUGGAGCUAAGUUUUAAAUUAGAUGGCAAUACUCCAGAGAAGGAAAAAUUAUGGGAAACCACCAGCAGAUCUCAGCCACAAGUCAGUCCAAGAUUUGAGGGAAGGCAUUUCAACGAUGAUUGAAACAUACAGGAAUAUAAUUUGGGUUCCAGUAUCUUUUCUCAUCACCGGUUCCUUUUCCUAGCAAUGACCAUCUUAUGCUGUUGAAGCCCUAUUAAGAACUGGAUGAUAUGUAAUAUCUAUUCAGGGAUAUGAGCCAACCCAGCAAUUCAACUCUUGCUUCCUUUCCUCCUGUGUAUAAGAUGGUUACUAAAUUAAGGGUGCACUCAUUCUUUCCAUUAGCAAUGCCAAAUUUUAUUUGUGCAAAAAAUGUAUAGAAAACAAAAACACCCGAGAAGUGCUCCCACCGCAUCAUCCCAGCAAGUGGAAUACGACAGCAGUGGAGCAACAUAUGUAUAUGUUAAGUAAAGUCCUUUUUUUAUUUAAAAAAAGUCACUGAGGUCAGAAAUAGCCAAUUUUCAUGCAGAGGGCACUUUGAUGGAUGUGUGUGCUAUGGUGUAUUUAGUGCUUCAGGCUGUUAGAGGGUGUAAAUCCAGAAUGCUGAUGUUUUAUCCCUAGAUAGAUGAGGUUAUUUAAGUGAGAAAAUAAAGUAAAGCGGAAAUGCCAUAUGAAUGAGCACCACCAACUCCUGCCUGUUUCAAAACAAAACAAAACAUAAGCAUAGGCACCUAUCAUAUGAAUAGGGCUAUACAGGCCCACUACCAGCAGGGCUUGUUUUUCAUGGAGUCUGAUAAACUGGAUCACAUAGCUCUCAUGACAGCAUUACUUAACUUGCAUUGCUGCCUAUGCCCAUUUAGAGAACAAAAGUGCACACUUUUGAACAUAGCCUAGAGUGUAGUGUUAAAGCAAAGGCAAUACAUGUUUGAAUGGAAAGAACAAAAGAAUAGUAAGAGCCUGUUUUUUUUAAACAAAUUAUUUGCUCUGUUGCAUGCCUAAUUUGAGCAUUAUUUCUGCAACUGUGUUUACAAAUCAUGCAAUUUUCAUGCACAAGUGGCUAGUGAAGGUCACUUGCAUGCAUACAGUUACCUGAUUUUUAUGCACAAUUGACACCUAACUUGUUUAGAAAAAUCAGACCCUAAAAUCCAGCCCGGAUAAUAAAACAAAACGUGAAAUAAAUUAACACAACAGAAGGUAAAGAUUGGCAGAUAUACGGCGCCAUCUGCACUCUAUUGUUUGCACUUCCUUAUCUUUUGGUGAGGUCAUAAGUCAUGGCUUUUCCUUCUGUUAAUUUUUUUUUUUUUUUCAAAGAUUUCUUUAGGGAAAUCUCUCAACAAUUUGUAACGGUUUCUAGUUACUUCCUUUUAAAUGCUGACAUUGUUGUCAGUGCCUUUACAAUGGUGGGACACAGAAUGUGGAUCUUGCUCCACUGAUAUCCCUCCUUAUUUCUAAAAGCCUCUCAAGAUGCUUAUAAAACAACAAUUAUGACCCCUAUUGGCCUCAUAUUCGUUACUUAUCCCCAUCAUUGUUCCCUUCUCCCUUAUUUACUCUGAUCUCUUGAAUUUUAAAGAGGAUUUUUAAAUAUAUUAUUGUAAUUGGUUUCUAAAAUGUUAUAUAGCAUCAUGAGCACCUUGGCAGGGGGCACUUUAUAAAUGAACAUAUUAAUUAAAUCAUAAAAUUUCCACAACAUGGGGCAAAUUCUGGUUGGCCCCAGGAACCAGGCACAGCACUCGUCCCAGCUGUAAUACUGGAGGAAAACGAGUUAGAGGGCACAAACCUUUUUAAUUGCAUGUAUUCUCAGCUCGCUCUGGGCAUGCUCAGAGGCUUCACAUAAACUUUAGCAAAGCCAUUCCCAUAACAUAAUUCACAUAGCCACUCCCAUACUGCUAACUUUAUAUCAUUUUUAGAUAGGCACACAAAUAGACCACCAAAGCUGUGUUAUUGUCCACCUCUCAGAGUUACACACACUUUCAUUCUGUUCUUGAUAAGAGUAAGAUUAUUUACAACAAGCUGCAUGAAUGGGCCACUGCCUGGCCAAAGUGCUUGGCUCAUAUGUCUGUAUGGACUACUUCCCUACACUGUUUAACCACAUCAAGUCACGCUUCCAUGGAGGGUCUGUCAGGUGACCCCUGAUUUUUCAGAGCAGUCAGAAUCUGGUGAUCGGUUUCCAUCAUGCAUUCUCACAGUUGGGCCAUGGGUUCUUUGGUAUGUGUGUACAUACACCACUAGCAGCCAGAA